AUGAUUAAUAUAAGAAAAUAUAUUUUAAUAUUUGUUUUACUUACUACUAUUAAUGGAAAAGCAAUAAUAACAAAAACAGAUGGAGAAAUAAUAGAAGGAAUAUUACCAGAAGAAAUUUUACAAUUUGCCAAAGAUAUGACACCUAGUGAUAUAAAAAUUCUUACAGAAUUAAGUUCAAUGAAAUAUCAAUUUGGAAGUCAAAAUGAAUUGAUUGAAGCAAUCAAAGAAAAAUCACCAGAAUUAGCUAUAAAAAUUGAACAUUUAAUGCAAGGAAUUAUGGAAAAGUAUAAUACUCUUUCAGAUGAAUCAAAAAAUUUUAUUAAAGAAUUAGGUGAAAAAUUAAAAAAUUUUAAUACACUUUCAACAAAAGUUAAUAAAAUUGAACAACUUAAAGUUUUUGCUACAAAUUUUCUUCCAGCAUAUAGUAAACUUUCUAAUAAUGCUAAAGAAGAAUUAAAACAAAUAUUUCCAAUGUUUGACUUUUUAUCAAUAACUUUACCAAAGAUUGUUAAUAUAGACUCAAGUUAUGAUUAA